CCCCCCGAGCGGAGCAGAACCGAGUCAGGCCGCCAGCGCCCCACCAUGGCCACCAGCGAGCCCACGCCGGCGCAGCCCAAGGCAGAGGAGCAGCAGAGCAUCGGGACACGCGUGGCCAACCUGCCCCUGGUGAGCUCUGCCUACGACAUGGUGUCCUCUGCCUACACCUGCACCAAGGAGAGCCACCCCUACGUGCGCUCCGUGUGCGACGCCGCCGAGAGGGGGGUGAAGACUCUGACGGCAGCGGCAGCGAGCGGGGCCCAGCCCCUCCUCACCCGGCUGGAGCCCCAGAUUUCCACCGCCAACAAAUUCGCCUGCAAAGGGCUGGACAAGCUGGAGGAGAAGCUGCCCAUCCUGCAGCAGCCCCCCGAGAGGGUGGUGGCCGGGACCAGGGAGCUGGUGUCGGGCACGGUGAGCGGGGUGGUGGCGAGGACGCGCUCGGCGCUGGGGGCCGUGGUGGGCACCCGCGUGGGGCGGCUGCUGGCCACGGGCGUGGGCACCGUGCUGGGCAAAUCGGAGCAGCUGCUGGAUCGGUACCUCCCCGGGACAGACCAGGAGCUGGGUGAGUGUUCAUCGGGCACGGAGGUGACCACGGGCACGGAGGAGACCAGGGGCAUGGAGCUGACCAGGGGCACGGAGGUGGCCACGGGCACGGAGGAGACCAGGAGCACGGAGGUGGCCGGGGGCACAGAGGUGGCCACAGGCUCUGAGGCAGCUGCGCAGGAGCAGCAGAGGCGGUGGCAGAGCUACUUUGUCCGCGUGGGCUCCCUGUCAGCCAGGCUGCCGCACCGGGCCCUGCGGCGCUCCCUGGGGGACCUGCAGCGGGCACGGCUCCGUGCCCAGCGGCUCCUGGCCCAGCUCCACCACGUCAUCCGGCUGAUCGAGGCGGGGCAGCGGGGUGCGGACGGGCCCUGGCACAGCGCCCGGGAGCACCUGCACGGGCUGUGGCUGGAGUGGAGCCAGCAGGAUGAGGUGCCCAUGGAGGACAGCGAGGUGGAGGCUCGGACUCUGGCCAUGCUGCAGGGGCUGCUGCAGCAGCUCCACACCGCCUGCUCCCACCUGGCGGCCGGCGCCCGGGCGUUCCCCAGCAGCGUGCAGGAGACGGCGGGACACGUCCGGCACGGCGUGGAGGGCGUCCAGGCUUCCCUGGCCAGCGCCCGCUCCUUCCAGGAGCUGUCGGGGCUGGUGCUGGCGCAGAGCAGGGACGCGGUGACGCGGGCGCAGCUGAGCCUGGAGGGGCUGCUGGAGCACGUGGGGCAGCACACGCCCCUGCCCUGGCUCGUGGGACCCUUCGCCCCCGCGCUCGUCGAGUACCCGGAGGAUGUCCCCGUGGACAUGGCCAAGUGGGAGGGCUGUGUCACCGUGGGGGGGACGCACCGGGUGCCCGCUGCCCCCCAGGUCUGCAGCCAGCACUGAGCUGGGAGAGCCACGACCCCAAAUCCCACCGGGAAUGAGGGCGUGAUGGACUUGGUGAGCCAGCGUGGGACCCCAGUGCGGCUGUGGGGAUGGUGACACGGGGAGGACACAGCGUGAGUCUGCCUGGGAUCCAGGACUGCCCUAAGCCCCAGCAGCACUGGGAUUUCGUGUCUUAACAGCUUCAAACCAGUUUAAAGAGGAAGAAAACAACUUUUUUGGCCUUAAAAUGACUCAGAGCCUGCAAUGCUGUGGCAGAGCCAAGGCGCCGGGCUCGCCGGGGGGCUCUGCACGGGCGGCAGAGCCGGGGGCACCCCCGAGGGG